GUCAGGUGGGUCAAAUGCUGCCAAGGGGAUCAGUAAGACGGAGACAAACGUGAUGGCAGAGGCAGCAACAACGAUGGACGACUGUGCUGACUGGGAUGAGAGCAGUUUGGCUGGACUUAAAGGGACAGAAGUUCGAUCGAAUUUAAUCAAAGAGAAGCGGAAGGAGUGCGUAUGAGUUUGAUGAGACUUUUGAGCAAACAGAAAAGAGAGGAGGAGAUGGAUGCAAACAUCACCCAAGGGGUCUUCAAGUGUCUGGGACCCUGAAGGUCCUCCCAGAAGUACAGCUGGAUGCAGAGUCGGGCGGGUCCAUCACCAUCCAGUGCCCACUCCCUCAGACAGAUGUGAGGAUGUAUCUGUGCCGGCAGAUGACUGACCCCAGAAUAUGUACCACUGUGGUGUCCAACAUCUUUGUCAAGAAGGAAUACAAAACACGAGUCACCCUAACACCAUGUUUGGAUAAGAAGCUGUUCCUGGUGGAGAUGACACAGCUGACCGAAAGUGACAAUGGAGUCUAUGCCUGUGGUGUGGGUUUGCACACAGACCUGGGCAAGACCCAGAAAAUCACCCUGAAUGUCCACGAUGAAUAUGAACCAUUCUGGGAAGACGAGCCUACCCCUGAGCCUCCACCGUGGUUUCACAGAUUUCUGCAAGAGCAUAUACCCCCCUGGUUCCAUGAGGUUGAACACGACAGUCCUUCUGAAUUCACAUCUGAAGUUACCACGUCCGCUCCAAGGACUGAGGGCCCAGUUCACCAGCACUCCAGCACCAUUCCAGUCACCUCCCAUCCCAGGGUUUCCAGAACAUCUCCAGUGACAGCUGCCAAGUCCCCUGCCCCCCUGCCAGCUACCACAUCCUCAAAGACCUCAGUUCAGCAAGCAAUCGGGCCCCUAGGGGCCAGCUACAGCCACCACACCAAACUUCACGACCAAAGAACACUCCACCACAGCCCACAGUAUGGGAGAGAGAACCAAGGACUUCACAUCCCCGUCCUAGAAUUUCACAUCCUGAUUCCGACCUUCCUGGGCUUUCUCUUGCUGGUUCUCUUGGGCCUGGUGGCAAAAAGAGCUAUUCUUAGGAGGAAAGCCUUCUCCAGGCGCAUGGGCCGAGUGGCAAUGAGGAUUCGAGGCCAGGAGGCGUCCCGCCGGCUCCCCGCACAGCGCCGGGGUGCCCCACAGAGACCUCGCUCCCAGAACAACGUCUACAGCGCCUGCCCGCGGCGUGCACCGAUGCCGGACGGAGAGGGCUCUGCAGAGGCUUCGCUCCACAGUGCCCCAGCCUCAGCACCCCGGGACCCAUGUCAGGUACUUGAAGCCUCCUGGUCCCACACCCCACCUCUGAAGACAAGCUGUGAAUAUGUGACCUUGUGCCACCAGUCUGCUGUCUACGUGGAAGACACGGGUUCAGAUGAUUACAUCAAUAUUCCUGGCCCACGUCAUCUCCCCAGUGGGCCCAGACCUUCAUGCCGAUGAGUCCUGCCUGUCUGCUGAUGUCUAGCCCCUACCCAUUUGUUAUGGGAUCCCUGCCACCUCCCAUGUCCAACACCCCAACUUGAUUCUUGCCUGACUAUCUGAAUGCCUUGAGAAUGGCCUUAUUACAAGCUUAUUUUCACCCCA